AUGGCAGAAUAAGGCAGAUAUAGUAAAUUAAGUGAAGAGGAAGCUGCAGCUCAAUUCGAAUUAAGGUACACAUACAAAUUUACUUAAGAAAAUAAUAAUUAUUAGGUAAUUUGUAAGAACAAUACCAAAAUGCAAAUAGUUAAAAAAAUAAAAAGCAAUCCAAAUCAUAAUAACAUGAGUCUAAUCAACAAGAAUUUAUAGUCCUUAACCCUAAUAAAAAGCGAUCAUCUUAACAAUCCAAAAAGUCAUCCACUAAAUUAUAAAUUCAUAAAGAAGAAUCUCUUUUGCAAAAUCAAAGUCUUCCUCCCGAAUAAGAAAUUGAAUAUGAAAUCUAAUAACCUGUGGAUCCAAUUCCUCCAGAAUAAUCUCCUUUAAUUGAUAAACCACAAAAGCCAAGCGUCAAAAAGAUGUUACUUAAAGAUAUAGGUAAUCUGGAUCUUGAAAUUUAAAGAUUAACUAGAGAAACCAAAGACUUUAAAAAUGAAAAAUCUUUAAAUAAAUCUCAAUUAUCUCAGCAGUCAAGAAUUCUUAAAGAAUCUCAUCCUAAACCCAAUUCAAGACCUAGUUCAUUAUAGUAACAACAAUCAAAACCAUACUAUGAAUUGAGACAAAGACCAUCAAGUAAGGAAUCGCGUAUUUCAGAUGCCUCUUAUACUAAAAAAGCUGAAUGUUUUAAAGGAGUCAUAAGAAGUUCUAGUCUUAAAAAACUACCUUAAUCAUCAAAAACACAUUAUAAUUUUUUAUAGUUAAGAAGUGCAUCUGAAAAGAAAAUCAAUCAAUCCAUCAAUAAGACAAAUACAAUCGAAUCUGAAAAUAAAGAAAUUUCCAACAAGAUUGUUCAAAGUGAAAGAAAAAUACCAAAACCUAUUAUCUAAAUUAAUAGAAGUUAAUCUAAAUAAGAUACCCCUACAUAUGAAAAAAAAACAGCUACUCCUGUUAAAUCCAUUUUAAAAGUAUAAUUUAAUUCAAUACCUUUGGAAUGUAAUUCAACUAAAAAUAAUAGUGCUACCUAUGUAAACUUUUCAUUUAAAUUAGUUUCAUUAGCACAAAGAAUCAUACAAUAGUUAAAUAAGUUUUUCAAAAAAUAAAUGUGUCGAAGCAUAGAUAGAGGAAGCAGUGUAGUUAUACAACAAUCUUAAAUCUCUGAUGCAGAAUAAAACAAGUGUCUUAUAAGUUAGAAAAGAUGGAAAUCUUAUUCCUAGGAAAACUGCAGACUUUUUUGUAUUUGUUUUUAAUUACUUAGUACCAUAAAGAAAAGUAGAAACCCACUUUAUACUGA